UGACACGCUAGAUGACAUGGAGGCUACCGGCGUGCGUGCCCUAUCAACCAGUAUCAGGAUGCUAUGCUUGACGAGGGGGCUCACGGAAGUCAAGCUAUAGCGUGGGAGGCUAGCAUGGCCAAAACGUGCGGGUGUGAAGCUUAACGUGGUCGACGGCGUGUGCUGUGUGCUGCAUGUAUGCGGCUCACUGCGGUAGACCCGAAUCUGACGACUGCACGAAAGGUUAGAUCGGCGAGACUCAAUUUGUGUAUAAGACAAGUAAUAUAUAAUGGCGGUGGGACCUCAGCGCCGGUAUGCUGUCUAAGAAAGUUUGGGGGUACAAGAGCUCAGCUUACCUCGACUCGACACCGACUCUUCGAGCUCUUUACUAUAAUGUCUACUAUACCAUCGACCUCGCAGUGGCAGAGCCCUGGGGUAUUAGACGGCCCCACAUCUAUUUCCAUCAUGUCCUCACCAACUUCAGCACCAAAGUCUUCUCCAUCAGGCAAACAGAGGAAAGCUAAGCUUCGAGCCUCGUGCGACGCAUGUGCGGCUUCGAAAGUCAAGUGUAGCAAGGGUCAUCCUCAAUGUGCUCGCUGCUCGACCAACGGUUCGCAAUGCAUCUACGGCAUUUCAAGAAAGUAUGGCAAGCCCGGACGAAAAAGGAAGCGAAACCCAGAUGGAACACCUUUCAUCAAGGCCUCGAAGCAACGCCCUUCACCAGACGGCAGCGAGUUUGGCAAAUUUAGGAUUCGACAUGAACCCAUCCUUGAGCCCCUGUCAGACAUCGAGGUCACAUCAAAUUGGUCCUCUAACUGGUCCUCCACACCAAGCUUACCAGGGACGCCUGAUUUUCAAUUCGAGAUGACGCCCGAGCCAUUCUACCUAGGCUCAUCGGAUCUCACCUUCAUGGAUGACACUCUCCUCCCAACUACACAGCUCGAGCCAGAGCCUGUGCAGACCAUCGACCCUGAGCUUACCUUCCGAGAUCCCUUCGCAAAGAGGCAGUCCGUGCAAGUACUCAAGGACUUCAUCGGUGGCGACGCCGUGAACCCUAUGGACUACAUAUUCCAAGAUGACGCAACCAUAGAUGCUUUCCACACUCUCUCAUCCUCAUCCUCAACACCUCAAGGCUCCAGGAGUAGCUCCUUGGACAAAUACAACCCCAUGCGCGUCAGCAUCUCAGUGCCUACCUCGCACCGCUGCUACACGCUCGCCUACGCGACCCUCGAAAGCCUGCAAGUCAUCGGCUCAAAUAACCCACAAAACUACCCGACCGUUGGGCUCAAAUCCCUCGACUCAGUCCUCUCUAUCACCAGGCUCGCUGUACAAAGCGUCCUACAGCUACUCAGUUGCCCCUGCUCUUCAGAUCCCCACCUUGCUAUGCUAUACUCGAGCAUAGCCUCUAAAAUCCUCACGUGGUAUCAAAUUGUCGCAGGAGUGGAUGCCACCGCCUCUUCCAGCGCAUCAGUGUCACCAUCACCCAGCAGUUCCUCUUUCUCCUCAUCGCCAUCCUCCUUCAGCUUCUCGUUACCAUCGUCCACACCUAUGUGUGAGAGUGAGAGAGCCUUCAAUAUGCAGAUCCAGCCAUUGCGCUUUGGAUUAUACGAGUUUGACGAGUUGGAGCAGAAAAGGCUGAGGAGGCAAGUUGUGUUGCGUGAGUUGAGAAAAUGUGGUCAAUUGGUUGAUGCAUUGGCGAAUUGGGGGGGUGAAGGGCAGAGUGAGCAGGCGGAGUUCUUGUAUGAUGUGCUUGGUGCUUGGCUGAAGAGCGAUCUGUAUAAGACAGUAAAAGGAGUGGAGGGUGUCGACGCGCUAUAAGUAUGGCUUCUAAGGGUUAUAGCAAUAGUUCUAGUCCCCGAUUAAUGAUGCAUCCGAGU